CAGGAGGUGAUGUCCGACCUGGAGGAGAGCAAGUACCAAAACGCCGAGCUGCGGCUCUCCAUCUACGGCCGCUCCCGGGAUGAGUGGGACAAGCUGGCCUGCUGGGCCGUCAACCACCGCGUCCACUCCAACAACGUCCGCUGGCUCGUGCAGGUGCCCCGGCUCUUCGAUGUCUACCGGACGAAGAAGCAGUUAGCCAACUUCCAGGAGAUGCUGGAGAACAUCUUCCUGCCCCUCUACGAGGCCACCAUCCACCCUGCCCAGCACCCCGAGCUGCACCUCUUCCUGGAGCACGUGGACGGCUUCGACAGCGUGGAUGACGAGUCCAAGCCCGAGCACCACAUCUUCAACCUGGACAGCCCCCUGCCAGGGAACUGGGUGGAGGAGGACAACCCGCCCUACUCCUACUACCUGUACUACAUGUACGCCAACAUGACGGUGCUCAACCACCUCCGGCGGAAACGCGGGUUCCACACCUUCGUGCUGCGCCCGCACUGUGGCGAGGCCGGCCCCAUCCACCACCUCGUCUCGGGCUUCAUGGUGUCGGAGAACAUCUCGCACGGCUUGCUGCUCCGCAAGGCCCCCGUGCUGCAGUACCUGUACUACCUGGCGCAGAUCGGCAUCGCCAUGUCCCCGCUGAGCAACAACAGCCUCUUCCUCAGCUACCACCGCAACCCCCUGCCCGAGUACCUCUCGCGGGGGCUCAUGGUCUCCCUCUCCACCGACGACCCCCUCCAGUUCCACUUCACCAAGGAGCCGCUGAUGGAGGAGUACAGCAUCGCCACGCAAGUCUGGAAGCUGAGCUCCUGCGACAUGUGCGAGCUGGCCCGCAACAGCGUCCUCAUGAGCGGCUUCUCCCACAAGGUGAAGAGCUACUGGCUGGGCCCCCACUACCUGAAGGAGGGGCCGGAGGGCAAUGACAUCCGCCGCACCAACGUCCCCGACAUCCGCGUCAGCUACCGCUUCGAGACGCUGUGCCAGGAGCUGACGCUCAUCACGCAGGCGGUGCAGAGCGAGGAGCUGGAGACCAUCCAGGAGGAGGACGCGCUCACCAUCACCUCCGCUCUGCCCCCCCGCUGAGCCCCCCGCUCCCGGCCCCGUGUCCCCCCUGGCCGCUGCUGCUCCCCUCCUGCUGCCCAGUGCCCUGGGCCCCCCCCCCCCCCCCGC